AAACUUUCCUUUGAACCAAAGGGAUUCGGGAAAAAGAAAAUCUAAAUUAUUAGUUACUCAUAAUAUAUAAACACAAAGCACUUUCUUCCCUUCUGAAUCAACAAUGGCGACGAAACCAGCGUCGUGGUUUCUAAGCCAGGGUUACACAGUUUUUAAUUGUAACCAUAACAAUCAUUAUCAUCAUAAUCAUAAUAAACAAACAAAUGUACGAUUCUUUUUGCCUCCUCAUCGAUUGCUUCCAACUUCUUGCAAAAUGCGACAACGUAAUUUGAGUAGCUCGCAGAAUAAGAGACAGCAAGUGAAAAAAGCUUCACCUGAAAUUCCUCCUACUGGUGGUGAUUUUGAAUCGAGCAGUGGUGAUGAUAUAGAUGAUUCGGAGGUUGCACUUAGUAGUUUAGAUGUGAAGAGUGUUCACUAUACGAGCGCGAAAGAUGAAAAAAGUAAUACUAAUGCGGAACAUGCCCAACUUGGUGAUGCUAAAGAUUUGGAUAAUCUUACUCAAGAAAUGAAAUCUUUGGGAAUAUAUGGAGGAGAGGAGCUUUCAAGUAUCCCUGAUGAAAUAAAAUCUUCGGGAUUAAAAAUAGAUGGUGGAGAGCAACUUUCAAGAGUUCAACUUGAGGAUUUGAUAGGCAUGAUAAGAAAUGCAGAGAAAAAUAUCCUGCUUCUCAAUCAAGCUCGGGUUAAUGCACUUGAGGAUCUUCAAAGAAUUCUAGCUGAGAAGGAAAUAUUGCAAGGGGAAAUUAAUAUUUUGGAAAUGAGAUUGGCAGAAACUGAUGCGAGGAUGAAGGUUGCUGCCCAAGAAAAGAUACAUGUGGACCUCAUGGAAGACCAGUUAGAGAAAUUAAGAAAUGAAUUGGCUUACAGGAGUGAGAACCAGAGCAGACUUUUGAAUGAGGAUGUCCCUCUGCUUCAGGACACUACUCUUCAUUCCCUCAGUGAGGAGCUUAAUUCAUUGCGGGAAGAGAAUACUUCACUGAAAAAUGAUAUAGAAGCGCUUAAGUUGGAGCUUAGUAAUGUUAAGGAUACAGAUGAGCGUGUUAUGGCACGAGAGAAUGAACGUAUGCUAUUGGAGUCUUCUCUCAAAGACUUGGAGUCUAAACUGUUAGCUUCUCAGGAAGAUGUUUCAAAGCUAUCAAUCCUGAAAGUUGAAUGCAAAGACUUGUGGGAAAAGGUGGAGACUUUACAAGCAUUACUAGACAAGGCAACGAAACAAGCAGAUCAGGCUAUUCUAGUGUUACAACAAAACCAGGAGCUCCGGAAGAAAGUUGAUAAAUUGGAAGAGUCCUUGGAAGAAGCAAAUGCCUAUAAGCUAUCGUCAGAAAAAUUGCAGCAAUAUAAUGAAUUCAUGCAGCAAAAGAUGAAGUUAUUGGAGGAACGUCUUCAAAGGUCUGAUGAAGAAAUAAAUUCUUAUGUUAGCUUAUAUCAAGAAUCUGUGCAAGAAUUUCAAGAUAUGCUUAAUAUUGUAAAAGAAGAAAGCAAGAAAAAGGCACUAGAUGAACCUGUAAAUGAUAUGCCGUGGGAAUUUUGGAGCCAUUUAUUGCUUAUGAUUGAUGGCUGGCUGCUUGAAAAGAAAAUAUCAGCAGAUGAUGCAAAGAUGUUACGAGAUAUGGUUCAGAAAAGAGAUAGGCGUAUUCAUGACACAUAUUUUGAGUGCAGACAAAAAAAUGAGAAUGAAGCUAUAUCUAUGUUUCUCAAGCUGACAUCAUCACCAAGCAGUCCAGGAUUGCAUGUCAUUCAUAUUGCAGCAGAGAUGGCACCAGUUGCUAAGGUUGGUGGUUUGGGAGAUGUUGUGGCUGGUCUUGGCAAAGCACUGCAAAAGAGAGGACACCUUGUGGAAAUCAUUCUGCCUAAAUAUGAUUGCAUGCAAUAUAAUGGUAUUGGUAACUUAAGGGCCCUGGAUGUGACUGUGGAAUCAUAUUUUGAUGGCAAAUUAUACAAAAACAAAAUAUGGGUUGGCACUAUUGAAGGUCUUCCUGUUUAUUUUAUUGAGCCUCAUCAUCCUGACAAGUUCUUUUGGAGAGGGCAAUUUUAUGGAGAGCAUGAUGAUUUCAAACGCUUUUCAUUUUUCAGCCGUGCUGCACUUGAGUUGCUUCAUCAAUCUGGCAAAAAACCAGACAUAAUACACUCCCAUGACUGGCAGACGGCUUUUGUUGCACCUCUAUAUUGGGAUCUAUAUGCCCCCAAAGGAUUAAAUUCAGCUAGAAUAUGUUUUACAUGCCACAACUUUGAGUACCAAGGGACUGCCCCUGCAUCAGAAUUGGCAUCUUGUGGCCUUGAUGUCCAUCAUCUAAAUAGACCAGAUAGAAUGCAGGAUAAUUUGGCACAUGAUAGAAUCAAUCCUGUCAAGGGUGCGGUGGUGUUCUCAAACAUUGUGACAACAGUAUCGCCCACCUAUGCACAAGAGGUGCGGACUGCUGAGGGAGGAAGGGGUCUCCAUUCAACUCUUAAUUUUCACGCGAAGAAGUUCAUUGGCAUUCUUAAUGGAAUCGAUACUGAUUCGUGGAAUCCUGCGACUGAUACUUGUCUCAAAGUUCAGUACAGUGCUAAUGAUCUUCAGGCGAAGGCAGAAAACAAAUUAGCUACGAGAAGGCUUCUUGGGCUGUCCACUGCAGAUGCUAGGCAGCCAUUGGUAGGCUGCAUAACCAGAUUGGUGCCACAGAAAGGUGUACAUCUUAUUAGACAUGCAAUAUACCGAACAGUGGAGUUGGGAGGUCAGUUUAUACUUCUUGGCUCAAGUCCAGUUGCACACAUUCAGAGGGAAUUUGAGGGUAUAGCAAACCAUUUUCAGAAUCAUGAGCAUGUUCGGCUGAUAUUGAAGUAUGACGAUUCUCUUGCCCAUUCCAUUUAUGCAGCGUCUGACAUGUUUAUCAUCCCAUCUAUUUUUGAGCCUUGUGGCCUGACACAGAUGAUAGCUAUGAGAUAUGGUUCCAUACCAAUUGCAAGAAAAACAGGUGGUCUAAAUGACAGCGUUUUUGAUGUUGAUGAUGUUACAAUUCCACUCCAGUUUCAAAAUGGGUUUACAUUCUUGAAUCCUGAUGAACAGGGUAUAAGCGGUGCCUUAGAACGCGCAUUUAACUACUAUAGAAACAAUCCCGAGGGCUGGCAGAAGCUUGUACAGAAGGAUAUGAAUAUAGAUUUCAGUUGGGAAUCUUCAGCAGCACAGUAUGAGGAGCUCUACUCAAAGUCAGUGGCCAGAGCAAAGGCAGCAGUAAAUCGGACUUAAUUUGCCUGGUUUGUGGAUUUAAAUUUAUAGACUUGUAGGAGAGACAAUUCAGCCAGCGAAAGUACCCUUUACAUACUACUUUUGUGGAAGGUUGUAGCUGGGUGGCGAAAUUGACACGAGGGAGGUUAUAGUGGGUAGACACGAUUCUUUUGUCCAUAAGAAUACUGCUAAUAUAUGACAAUAUACGUUAGAAAGUUCACAGUUAAUGCAUACGAAAUUCUUUUUUCCCCCAUUGGUAUGUAUUCAUACUUUCCUGUUCAAUUAAUUAGUGUGGGAUAAUUACAAAUAUCCCCUUCUUUCA